UAUACGACUCGAUACUCGAAGAAUACGGCGUAUACCCUGGCUGUGUUCCGUAAUUCACUGUUAGUACUGAAUAUCUACGAUUUACGUCACGUACACUAUAGAUUUUCAAUUCUGACAGUGAAUUAUACGCAGCCCCUGUAUCCUGUACUCUACUUGUACGUCACGUUAUACGUCAAAAUGGCCGAACUUAUCGCUAUUCCUUUGAAAAAACCUUCCGACGUUGACAUAAUAAAACCGCUUACGAAUGUUAUUAAAUCAACCUACAACAACCCAGGCAAUCGAAAAGAUUAUACGGACGCUAUUGCGGAAUUUAGCAAGCUGAGAAACAACGCUCUUUGGCGUGCUUUUGAGAAGUAUGAAAGUUCCUUGCAGGUUAUCUACAGCUAUUAUGAUCAGUUAUGUGCUUUGGAAGGAAAAAUUCCCGCUCAUGAAUUGCAAAUACCGUUCAAGUGGAAAGAUGCCUUUGAUCGUACAAUUUUUGGUGGAAAACUUAGUUUAACCAUUAGCACAUUGGCGUAUGAAAAAGUAUGUGUACUUUUCAAUAUCGCUUCUUUACAAAGUUCGAUAGCUGCUACGCAAUCGUUAGAAAGUGAUGAAGGAUUAAGGCUGUCGGCCAAAUUAUUUCAGCAAUCAGCUGGGAUAUUUAAUUAUCUAAAAGGAAACGUUAUGAUGGCGAUUCAACAAGAACCAACACCCGAUAUUAGCCCAGAAACGCUUGGAGCAUUGAGUGCAUUAAUGAUUGCGCAAGCGCAAGAAAUAUUUGUACACAAAGCGAUCCACGAUUCUAUGAAAGAUGGUGUUGUUGCUAGAUUAGCGGCACAAGCGGAAGAAUUAUAUGCAGACGCUUUGAAAUUAUUUCAGAAAGAAAUUUUUCGCGCAUUUUGGGACAAAGAAUGGGUGCCUUUGAUAGCUGGUAAACAAGCUGGUUAUCGCGCCAUGGCCGAAUAUUAUCAAUCACUCGUAUGUAAAAAUAAUAAAUUGAUUGGAGAAGAAAUUGCUAGAUUAGAGCAUGCUGUAGAGUUGUUCAAAGCUGCCCAGCAGAGAUCAAAUAAGCCGAGCUUAUUCCAAGAUUAUGCCAAUAAAGCACAGAGAAAUCUAAUGGAAGCAAAAAAGGAUAAUGAUUUUAUAUAUCACGAAAGGAUUCCAGACAUCAAAAAUGUAGAAGCUAUAGGAAAAGCUAGCGUUGCUAAACUACUUCCGCUUCCCGAAACAUUCAGUUCUGAUUUUAAAGAUUUGUUUGCGGAUCUAUUACCUGUUACUAUACACAAUGCAUUGUCAGCCUACGAGAAUCGUCGUAAUGAGCUUGUUAAUUACGAAGUUUCAAAUCUUCGAGAAAUGACUCAACUUUUAAACAGUGUUUUGGCAAGUUUGAAUCUACCAGCAGCUAUAGAAGAUACAAGUGGAACAGAAAUACCUCAAUCGCUAUUGGAAAAAGCGCUUUAUGUGCGAAAUGCAGGAGGUAUACAAGCUUUGGAUGCAGCUAUGAAAGAAUUGCCAGAUUUAUUGCAACGUAAUAAAGAGCUUUUAGACGAGUCGGAGAGAAUGUUGCAAGAGGAACGUGAAUCCGACAAUCAAUUAAGAGAACAAUUCAAAGAACGUUGGAAACGAACACCUAGCGCCCGACUGACGGAACAAUUUACUAGCAAUUUACAAAAAUAUCGUGAAAUUAUAAAUAACGCAGUUACUGCUGAUAAGGUAGUUCGCGAGAAAUACGAAAAUAAUAAAGAAGGAAUGGAAAUUUUAAGUCUGGAUGAGGAUGAACUUACUAGAAUUGUUCCGCAAGGUUCAGCUGUUCAAGAGAGUAAUGUUGUUAUACAACUCAGGAAAUUAAUGGAUGAUGUAGAGACAUUGAAAGCUGAACGAGAUGCUAUUGAAAGCGAAUUCAAAUCCGCUACCAAUGAUAUGAAAACUACAUUCCUUUCGGCGCUAGCUAAAGAUGGCGCAAUCGAUGAACCAAAUUUAUCUGUCGAGAGUUUGGGAAAAUGUUAUGGACCUUUACAAAAACAAGUACGAGAAAGCAUAGCGCGUCAAGAAAAAUUAGUUGCUGAAAUUCAAACAUGCCAUGCAGAAUUUACAAAUGAACAAGCUGGUACUGGUAGUGCGCGAGAAAUGAUGCUCUGUAAGCUGGCUUCCGCUUAUGAUGCAUUUAAAGAGCUAAAGAGUAACCUAUCAGAAGGAGCCAAAUUUUAUAAUGAUUUGACGCAGCUACUGGUAGUUUUCCAAAACAAGAUAUCUGACUUCUGUUUCGCUCGAAAAACUGAAAAAGAGGAAUUAUUGAAAGAUUUAACGACGAAUUUGAGCCAUACUGGUCCCGCUACAACACCAAGCAUUCCAUCUCAUCAUAGCAGUGGUCCAUCUGGUGCCAACGGUAACCAACCAACGGAAAUCAAUACAUCACCGCCUCAGUUGCCGUAUCCUACGCAACAUCAAGGUGGUAUGCCUUUACCUUACGGUGCAACACCAGCAACACCCUAUCCAGCUUAUGUUCCUCCACCGAUGCCGACAGCAUACAAUCCAUAUGCUACGAUGCCAUACCCUACACAAGGAGGAUACAAUCCAUACCAAACUAUGCCUCAAGUUCCAUAUGGAGGCUAUGCGACAAUACCGCGUUACAGUGGUGCUCAACCACCGCAUCAAACUGGUCAAAAUCCAUGGUGAAUUAUACAAGCAGCUUUAAUAUACACUUUAGUAUACACUGUGAUUUUACAUAAAUUGCAUAUUAAUUCCAGUAAUAAUUAUGCAUAAUAUUUUAUAUAAAAUCUGCUAUGUUAAUCAACAUUUGGAGCUGAUGUUGCAUAUAAUUCAAAGAAUUUUGCUAAUCAUUAUAUAUUUUUUGCCACACUGAGGACGUCUUCCGUUUGAUACUACAAAAGUUUUGAUUUUUUCGAUUGACCAAUUAAGAUGAAAAGGAAAAAUAUUUCUUUGCUUCGAUUAGUUAAUAAAACGCUUCAAAACUUUCUUAGCAUCGAACAGAACGCACCCCGAGUCCUCCAUCUAAUACAGAUUGACCAUUGGUAUUUGUUAAGCUUUAAGUGCUGCUUAUCAAUUGUGUAGAGAACACAUAUUAUCGAUUUAUAAAUAUAUUUUGUAAAAUAAAAAAGCCAAACAUAUGAA